AUAGUGUGAAAAGUUUUUAUCAAAAUGAGAAAAAUUUUGAAUUAUUUUUUGAAAUCGAAAGGUAUUUAGAAAAUGGCAGAUAAUAUUGAAAAAACUCAUGAAUCGUUAAUAAACGAUAGUUUAGCAAAAAAUGCAGCGCGUAUUUUAAGUAUACAGCAAGUUAUUGAACAAUAUGAAAAUCAAAUAAAAUUGUUUAAAGAAUUACCUACUACUUUAAAAAAAUCUGUGUUAGUUCCAAUUGGGACAAAAGGUUUUUUGCGGGGACAAAUUGUGCACACAAACGAAGUGUUCCAUAAAGUUGGAUGUGGUUACGUUAUUAAACGGACUGCUAAACAAGCGAUUGAUUAUUGUGAUCGAAUGUUAGUUGAGACAAAUAGUUUUUUAACGAAAUUACAACAAGAAGAAAGUUGGCUAACGAACCAAUUAAACAUUACAUCAAAAGAAAAUCCUUUUGCAACGAAAGAUUGUGUUGAAAUUGUAGAAAAUUAUGAUGAAGCAACAGAAGUUGAAUGGAGAAAAAAACAUCGAGAAAGUCUUAAAAAGUGGAAACAAGAUGAAGCGAAAGAACGUGAAAUUUUACAAAGAGAAACAUCUGAUAAAGAUUGUUUUUCUAGGUUAGAUGAGCUAGAAAUUUUAGAGGAGCUAGAACAAUUUACUUCAGACAUGAAAAAAUUUAAUUUUGAACAAGAGCGAAAUGCAAGCACGGAAAAUGUAUCAAUUCCAGAAGUCGUAGAAAAAGAUAAAGAACUGGAAGAAAAUGCGAAAUGUAUAGAUAUUACGCAAAGUGUAAUUGGAAAAGAAUCGGAAGAGAGUGAAAGUACGUGUUGUAAUUCAAAAGAUGGAUGCAUAAAAACAAAAGGUAUGUUGUUUUACGAAGAAAAUGAAAGCGUUGAAAAUAUAGGUGUUCAGGAAACUGAAAAUGUGAAAAAAUUAGAAGAAAGGGAAUGCAAGAAAAGUAUAGAAAAAAUUAAUGAAAAUACUAAUACAGAAAAUAUAGAAGUAGUGAGUCCGGAAAAUAUAAGUAAUGGAAAUACAAAAAAAUAUUUAGAUUUUGUUGAAUUACAUAAAAAAUUAGAAAAAACACGAAAAUCGAAGACAAUUAUUAAAACGGAUGAAGAUUUAAGGAAACGUUUAGAUGAAUUAGAAAAAGAAGAAGAAUUAUUAGAAGAAAUGGAAAUUUUAACUAGUACUGAAGAAACUGUAAAUAAUGCUUCCGAACCUUCUGUUGCAACUGUUGACGAUGAUUCUAAAAAGUGUACAAUACGUUUUAAUGAACAAGUACGAACUAAUUUUUAUGUAUCCACGAAAGCGGUGUCGGAUGAAUUAGAAAUAGAAUUAAUAAAAAAUCAAGGAGAUACAAAAAUAGAAACAGCAACUUCAGCAGAUGAUGACCCAGUGACAUUGUAUUUAUAUUUCUCACAUACACAAGACGAUUUAAUAGAAAAAUCACCCGAAUGUAAUGCCGAAACUGUUUCUGAAUUAGGUUUGUUGAAACCAUCAGAUAUAUAUGAUUUGCCUUACCGACCUAAAUCAAUUCUGAAAAACAAAAAUAAAUUAUUCGAAGAACCGCAACACACCGGUGAACAUAUACCUGAGCCAAUUACAUAUUCACAUCACAGAAAAAAAGAUCGAGGACGUGAUCGUUGGGUAUGCCAUGAUACAUUUUCAUCGAAAAAUGGUAAUGAUUCGGAUCAAGAAAAUGCAAAUGUUGUUCAAGUUCCUCCUCCAUUAACUGAAGUAAAAGAAAAAACUGAUUUUAAUAAUUCGGGUGUUGCUUCCACUACGACAGUUGGUACACUGCCGAAAAAACGACAAAGUCGAUUUUUAGUUUCGCGUGCUUUAAUAACUAAAAAGUAG